AUGCCCCGAGGGACACCGUUUUCCAACCUGGGUGCCACUGUCGUCUCCGUGUCCUCGGAAGCUCUACUUUUCGGCAUACUUAGCGGGCAGUUGUGUUUUUACUUCAAGCGUUGCUUCCAUCAUGACAAGAGGUACAUCAAGGUGUUGGUCUUCAUUUCCGCAUUUGUCACGGCAUUCAGACUGGCGGCGCACACGAACUCCUGCUGGAUCCUCCUUGUAACAAGUCACGGUAACAAGAACUUGGUCUCGAAACCACCAUGGUCAGGUGCCGCUCGUAAUGCGGCAGAUGCAGUUUGCAUCUUGAUUGUUCACUUGUUUUACCUGAUGCGCAUAUGGUCGUUCAGCAAACAACCGUGGCUCAUUGGUGUCCUCGUUAGUGAUAUCAACUUCCCCGUCGCCUUGAAUGUUCUUAAGUUGAUCAUACAGUCGAUCUUCGUCGUUGCUACCUUCGCGAUGUGGAUUUUUUUAGUAUUUCAGAUCAUCGCCACGAACAAGCUAGCAUACUGGAUAAGCUCCAAGGAUACGAUGAUCAUAUUGAGCGUACUCAUCGUCGUUACCGAUAUCGCACUGUCAGUCGCGGCGCUCACGAAGUCAUCCGAUCCUUGCGUGUUCGCCGUGGCUUCAGUAAUUGCGGUGACCGUCGACUCCACAUCCAUCAUUUGUCUCGCGCUCUUCCAUAUCAUUGGCAUCCGUAGGCGUCUGCUUUCCUCAGAAGCGAACCUAAACACUCGCCAACGCCUGCGCACCCUGUGGGCGGGGUCUAUCGAUGUGACCACCAUCCCGGUGACAACUCAGCGCGACAACACAUUGACUGUCGAGUUUGUGCCUUCUUCAGCAUCGCUCUCUUUCUUCAGUCUUACAAACCCCUCCUCUAGUCAUGUCAAAACUAUGGACGCAGCGUUGCACUCGCGGGCCUCUUUCCACUCCCCCGCACACCCUCCUACCUCUGGCGCGCUCUUCUCUACCUACAAAAGGGAGCGCCCACAGUCCUCCUCUCACUCUUGUCGCGGCUACACACCUGCGCAGGCGCAGUUUUUGCCCCUCGCGAGGCGCUGCGCGGUCUCCGCGCCGCCAUCACCGAUCGUCUGCUCCUCAUCCACGGAGCGUGGGCCGUCGUGGCCUCCGUCGCUGCCCCCAAUGCCGGCGUCGUCAGCGACGGCUGGCAUGCGGCACAUGCCGUCCGAGUCGAGCAUGACGUGCGUCGAUGGGGACACGGACGACGUCGCCCCGCACGACGUCGUCUCCGACAGCGACCGAGACCCGGAGCGUCUGGACGGCCUCCCCCUCCAUCGGCAUACCCUCGACAUUGGGAGCGGCAGUGAACUGACGCGGUCAGCGGGCCUGCUGCGCCGCGCCUCGGUGACGCGAACGGCGCGGUCCGGGGACACGACGCCCGUCCAGGGACGCGCACGGUCUGCGUCCACGGCCACGGCCAGGCCAGUCGGCCGCGCGCGGUCGGAGUCCACGGUCACCACGGUCCCCCUUCCCCGGCAGCCUCGUUGA